AUGUGGCUGCUGGAAAAUGAAGAAGCCUUCCAAGGGCGUCGACUUUGGCUGCGUCCAGGCAAAACGUACCUCUUUGGGAGGACAGCAGUGGAGCCUGGCCUGCUGGCACUGUCGCAUAAUACCAUCUCGCGCAAACACCUGACAAUCACCGUCGAGAACGUCAUAGAAGGACACGCACACAAUCUAUCGAGCCGGUCACACAUCAAGAUCGAAGACCUCGCAACGAAGAUAGGGACGGUUAUCAAUGGACAAAAGAUCAAGGGAAGCAUAUAUGAUACUCAAGUUGAAGAGUACGAGAUUAUGCUGGGCAAGUGUCCGAAUAAGUUUCGGCUGAAAUGGCACCCGACAGUCUUCACGUUCUCAUUUACAAACAAAGAACUUCAAACCCAGCCUUUGACGUCUCUUAAAGAGCGGUUCGAGCAGCUAGACAUCAAGCUGUUGACAGACUACAGCGUCAAGCACACGACGCACGUCAUAUCGAAGAAGCGAAAUACAGCCAAGGGCCUACAAGCUCUCAUAAAUGGCAAAUACAUUGUUACGGAGACUUUCCUCGAUGCCAUAUCCUCUGUUACGGAGCUCUCCAAUGGCGCAGAUAGCCAAGAGUCGAGCUCUCUGGAAACGGAUUUUGACAAGUUUUGGCCCAACGCAUUAGAGCACCUACCAACGCGUGGUAGCGAACCAGUGCAGCACCCAGACGAAAUGUAUGCGCCUGAUGAUCGAAGAAAAGACGUAUUUGAAGGAUAUACGUUCAUCUUCUACAGCCAGAUUCAAUAUGAUAACCUGAUGGCGCCGAUCACAAACGGAGGUGGAAAGGCUAUGCUACAUCCUAUUGAGCCAGAAGAGACGAGGGCGGAUGAUUUUGUCCGAUAUGUAAAGGGAGUUGCAGGUGAAAAGGGAUCCGGAUCUUUUAACGAUGGCAGUGAGGGUAAGGGAGUUGUUCUAGUGAGGUUUUUGCCGGCCAAAGGAGAGCUUGUUAGCUGGUACACCGAGUUUAUCACUGCAGUCUCGCUGCUGCUGGAUCACAGACCUAUUGAGCAAAACGAAUUCCUAGAAGCAAUUCUAAUCAACGAUGCAAGCCAAUUGCGACGACCACUGGAGACGGAAUCGUCUCUUAGAGUUGAGGACUCAAGGCCGGCGGGAAGCCUACAGCCUGAACAGACCACCCAACAGAGCCUGAACAGUCAAUUAACACCGGUGGUGUCUCAGUCCUCCCAACAGAUUGAUUCACAGCCCAUUCCCAGGCGAAGUCGACUACGGAAACCAGUCAAGAGAAGGUUUGGGGGCUUCGAUGAUGACGAUGACGAGAUGGGUACAGAUGAACCCCCUCCCGCUAGGGAACCUACGAGACAACAGCCACAACCUCAAGAGGACGAGGGAGGGUUAUUUGUGUCUCAGGAGCAAGAUGCUCCUUUCGUGCCCGACGAUAAUGAUGCCAACUUUCGAUCACAGAGAAAGAGGCCGCCUUCGCCCAUACCAGAAAGCGAUCUGAUGGAGGGGAUGGCACCAGCAGUAGCAAAGUUUAAGCGGCAACGCCUUGAGAAGGGGGAACAAUUCGCAGCGCCCUCACCCGAACCUGAGGGAGAAGAGGCUGAUCAGGCAAAGACAAAGACCGGAACCAAGAAGAAGGUGAAUGUGAAGGAGGAGGAGGAGCUAGACGUUUUAGCAGUGGCUGCAAAGAAUCGUGAGGAAGCGGAGGCUCGGGCUCGGGCUGAGGCCGAGGACCUAGCAAAUCUACCAGAAGGCAUUGACUUGGCCGAGAUUCGUCGGCUUAAUAUUGUGGAAGAGAUUGAGCUGCGUCCUACAGAAAGGGGGUCAGACAGGACGAGAGAACAGGAUAUUGCAGAUGGGCGGUGGAACCCCAAGUGGAACGGAAUGAAGAACUUCAAAAAGUUUCGCAAAAGGGGAGAGGUGGUAGGGAGGCAGCCCGCAAGAGUCAUAAUCGCCCUCACGGAAGUUAAGCCCAAAGAAUUUGGGGUUGGCGAUAACUACUGGCUGGAAGAUGUCAGCAGUGAUCGGAGGAAGACAACAAGCCAGCCAUCUGCUGUCGGUGCUAGCGAGACAAGGAAUUCCCCCUCUCUGGCACCGGAACCGACGAGGCGAGGUACGUCGGCCCGAGUUAUCGACUCGGAUAGCAGUGACAUGGAGGAAGCGGCGGAGCCAACGCCAGAUGGAACCGGGGUGCAGUCUCAGAGCAGUGGACGAAGCCAGCUUUCCAGCGCAAAGUCUCGUGCGACUGGUCAGGGGAAGAGAGUGGCCACGGAGCCGGCCGCUGCUAAUAACCCGCCGCCGGCGAAGAGGACGAGGGUGGCGCCGAAAUUGCUCGAGGUGGCGGACAGCGACGAUAGCGACGACAGCGACGACGAUCUCAAGUUUAGAUUUGGCAAGAGACGGUAG